UUGUGACUACACUGUUUGUGUUCGUAUAGUUCGCAGACGGAACUGGUUGACAAUCGUUUGGAUUUGUUCAUUUAUAUUGGGGUUUAAAAACAAGACUAACAUGACUGAAAAAGAAAUACUCUAUGAUGUGCAAGUGGUUAAUGCGUAUAAGAGUUAUGGAAAAACGGCUGUAUUCAAUGGAUUGAACAUGAACGUUACACCUGGUUCCAUCUAUGGCCUUUUGGGACCUAGUGGUUGUGGCAAGUCGACACUUAUUCGGUGCAUCUUAGGAAUUAUGAAAUUGGACUCUGGCACUGUUCAUUUGAAAGCAAAAAGGCUGAAAAGUAUUGGAUUUAUGUCUCAAGAUUUAUGUCUGGAACAAAUAUUGACUGUUGAUGAAACAUUUGAAUUCUACGGGUCACUGUAUAAAAUGAGCAAGAAACAAAUUGAGAAUAGAAAACAUGAAUUGCAUGCGUUUCUUCAGUUACCCAUCACAGGAUGUUUAAUACAAUACCUAAGUGGUGGCGAGAGCAAAAGAGUAUCUCUUGCCAUCACCUUAUUACAUGACCCUGAAAUCAUUAUACUGGAUGAGCCUACAGUCGGAAUUGAUUCUGUCCUAAGAUACGAAAUUUGGUCUCAAUUUAUAAGAAUGGCUAAAAAUGAUAAAAAAACGAUUAUAAUAACUACUCAUUACAUCGAAGAAGCAAAUCAAGCCGAUUGCAUCGGCUUUAUGCGUAACGGAGUGAUAUCAGAAGAAGGGUCACCUCGAGAUAUUAUCUCAAAAUUUAAUUCCGACUCAUUGGAAAAUGCUUUUUUAUCAGUAUGUUAUAAUCAAGAAAAACAACAGGCUGUGAUUAACACUGAUGGAAUGAUGGAUUCAACGGCUCGAUCGAAAAACCUAAUGCAAAUAGGAAAAAAAAUCAAUCGUCAUAGAGUUAAAGCCCUGAUGAGGAAAAAUAUUAGAGUACUUUUGCGAGAUAAUUGGUUAUUGUUUUUUGCGUUCUUCCUUCCCAUACUACAAGCGUACAUCGUUAGCGUUGGUUUUGGGAACAACAUUAGAAAUCUGAAAAUAGCGUAUAAAAAUGAUGAGAUCAGUUGCCAAAAUUAUUCCAGCGUUGGUAGUUGCAUUUAUGACAAGAAUUCCAAUCAAACAAUGAGUUGCGAUGUCAUGAGAAACCUCGAAUCCCAUGGAUUUGCUCUGGUUCAAGUGAAAGACCAAAAGGCAGCCGAAAAGAUCAUGAAGGACAAAACCAUUGUUGCAUUUAUAUAUUUCCCGAACAACUAUACGAAUGAUUUAGUACAAUUCAUUGAUGACUUUGAAAACUACCAGGCGCAAGCAUACGUAUAUUUGAACAACAAUUAUUUUUUAGAAAGCAAUCAAAUUCAGACGGCUAUAAUCAAUUCGAUGAAUGAGCUAAAAGAAAAUAUUUCAAAUGGAUGUUCUAUGAAUCCAAAAGCAAUCAGUACACCAAUAAACUUUAUUACCUUACUUGGAAAGGACGUGAAGAUCAAUACGCAUUACAUGGUUGGAUUUUUUCUAGUAAUGGGAUCAUUUUACUAUUCUAGCAUAUUCUCUGUAAUAAUGAUGCUUUCGGAAAAAAUGGAUGGUGUAUUUAGCCGAUCUAUGUUGGCAGGCGUCACCGUGAUAGAAUUGCUGACAUCUAUGUUUUGUCUCGCCAAUAUAUUGAUUUUGAUUCAAUCUAUAGUUCCUUUAAUCAUUACGUACAUGGUUUUCUCGAAUCCGAUACAAAUAACCAGUGGCCUAUUUAUGUGUGCAAUAACGAUGAUAAUUGCGGGAUGGCAAGGUUUCUUCUUCGGAUUGAUCGCUGCCGGAAUAACACCGACGAAAUCAGGUGGCGUUCACAUUAUGAACGGGUUGGCCAUAGCCCAGAUGUUAGUGUCAGGUGGAAUAUGGCCAUUGGAAGCGCAGGCACCAUGCCUAAAAGCAGUGACUCAGUUCCUGCCGAUGACCGUGGCAGGCAAGAUGAUGACCAGUGUAACGUUAAGAGGAUGGGAAUGGAACCAUCCACUCGUUUUAACGUACUUUUCAACGCUUUGCGUGCACGUCGUCCUGAUGGUAUUGGCUUUAAUUUUUCUGGGAAGGUUCAAGAAGGAUACGUGGAUAUUGAAUAAAUGAUCGCAGUCUUUAAAACA